AUGUUAGACGUGCUCAAGCGCCAAAAUCCCCAAACUCGAUUUGUGACUUCACCCACGAAAAAUGGCGUCUUUGACACUACUUCUUCGCAAACCCUUUACUUUUUCGUUGAUGUAAAAACAUCAGGACCUGAAACAUUCGAAGCUGUUAUCUCUGCAUUAGAGCCACUCCGCAAAGAGGGCUAUCUGACCUCGUUGAAAGACAACAAGACAGUGACAAGUGGACCCAUAACCGUCAUCGGGACAGGCAAUACGCCCCUUGACAUGGUUGGACCGGUUGCUAAUCGCGACUAUUUCUUCGAUGCUCACCUAGAUGAGCUAGAGGAAAAUCCUGAGAUCACGUCCUUGAUCUCCCCUAUUGCAUCUACUAGUUUCCAAGAGGCUGUGGGCUCAGUCACAUAUAGUGAGGAUGGUGCUGUUUUGAGUGACGAGCAGCUGGCUACCCUUCGAUCCCAAAUUAGUACUGCAAAGGAGAGGGGAAUUGGUGCUAGAUACUGGGAGACUCCUUAUUAUCCGAUCCGAAUCCGUAAUGCUGUAUGGAGGACGCUUCUCCAGGAAGGUGUCGCUUUGUUGAAUGCUGAUGACCUGGAUGCUGUUGCGGCUUAUUUCUGA